UUCGAAAUCAGAUCUUUCUCUCUUUUUUUCAUCUAUUAUUUUUGUUUUUGAACGAUGUCCAUAUCUAGCAAAAAAAUUGUAGUUGAUGAAGAGCCUUAUAUAAAAGAUGACUCGAGCUACAUUUCGAAGAAUUAUCCACAAAUUGAAAACGAGAAAGUAGACAGCUCUAGUACAGUAGAAGAUCAACUUACAGCGCAAGAAGCCGGAGAUGCGGCUUUGGCCAAUGCCCCUUGGCAAUACAAACUGAUCGCAUUAGUCACAGCCUUGUUGUUUCCACUUGGAUCUCAUUUUUCUACUAGUGCCAUUAGUGCGAUGAAAGGAUCUAUAAAAUCGAACCUCAAUAUUAAUAAUACCCAAUAUGGUGUGCUAUCGUCGUCUGUUUCCAUCAUUAACACCAUUUUUCCCAUUGCUGGUGGUGUAUUUAUUGAUAUGUUUGGUUCCGUAUGGGGAACGCUUGCUAUCAAUCUUGUUGUUAUCAUAGGAAGUCUUUUAACCGCCAUUGCAGCUAAAUAUAACUCGUAUGGAUUAAUGGUUGCUGGACGUGUUAUAUUUGGUAUUGGGUCUGGUUUAAUUGUUACUAUGCAAGAGUCAAUUUUAUCAAAAUGGUUUCGUACACAGAAUUUGUCUAUUGCAAUUGGUUUACAGCUUUCUGUCAGCAGAUUAGCGACUUUUUUGGGCACACUUGUAGCUAACCCUAUUGCUGUUAGAACAGGUGAUUGGGUUUGGUCGUUAUGGCUUUCCUUUAUUAUAUGUUGCUUCUCUAUCCUUAUGAAUUUAGUCUAUGCUCUUAUUGUAAGACACUUGCGUAGACCCGUUGAUCCAAUCACUGGAAAAGCCGCUGCUGCUCUAACAAAGGAGGAUCUUUCAAAGAUAAAAUCUAGAAAAGCAUUCCAUUGGAAGAGUUUGCUGAAAUUCCCGACCAUCUACUGGCAUAUCCUUCUUAUUGAAUUUAUUUUCGCUGCUGUUUGGUCAUCUUUCCAGACCAUUAGUACCGAAUUCGUUACGCUUCAUUUUGGUGUGGCUAAUAAAGUACUAGCAGGCUAUACAGCCAGUGCCUCUCAAAGUAUCCCUAUUGUUGCUACUCCCGUUCUCGGUGUAAUCAUGGAUAUGUUUGGUUUAAGAAUAGCAAUUCUAUUGUUAUCAGCUGUUUUCUUAAUUAUAAGUACUGCUUUGCUUGGAUGGACAUUUGUCAAUGCUACUGUGGGUAUGGUGUUUUAUAGUAUCUCCCUUGCUUUUGGUCCUAUUGGUAUGAUUACGUCCAUUGGUAUGAUACUACCCUCUGAUUAUAUUGGAACUGGUCUGGGCUUAUACAAGGCGUCCAAUAAUAUCGGUACCACUAUUCUGGACAUCAUAGUGGGUGUUGUUCAGGAUCAUACAGCUGGUCAGGCCUAUACAGGUGUUAUGAUUUUGUUUCUCACUCUUGCGUGUAUUGGUUUUGUUUUAAUUGCUAUGUUAUGGGGGUCUCAGUAUUACUUUUACGAUAACCUAUUAGAAACAGGCCGUAAAACCCGAAUUGUCCGCAUGGAAGAAAGAAACUCCCGCGAAAUCGCAUUGAAUAAGCAAGGAUUAGAUUCAUAUAAUGACACCAAGAUUAGGCCUUUAAAUUAUGUCUAUGUCGGUCUUUUUAUCAUUUGCCUCCUGGUCGCUUGGGUUUUAUUCUUUGUUUAUGCCGCAAGUGGAAAAAUUGCAGCUUAAACAUAUUACCCCCUUUUUUAUUACACUUACAUUACUAUAUAAUUCUUACACUAUCAUUCCUCUAUUAUUAAUAAUUCCAUCACCGUAGAAAUAAAAUAAAUGACGUUAUUUCCCAUCAUU